AUGGCUUACCCUUUGAAUACACAGUUCCUUUCUCUAGGACAAAAAUUGAUUUUGUCAGUGGUCAAUAAUAUGAAUUUCCGAGACCUAAGAUUUACCGUUGGUCAGAAGAUUCCCAUAAAUGCUGCAUACUCAGUCGGAGUGGAAGUCAAAUUUUAUAAAAAAAAUGCAUUUCAAAUACAAGGAAACAUUGGUCAGAACUGUCCGAGGUUUUCCUUACUCUCAGUCAGAGCUGUCCAAGGUUUUCCUUACCCUCAAAAACUCACAGCCAAGAUAUCCUCAAAAGGGAUUGGCCGAGCUGAAUUAAACUUGGAUAAGAACGGCCAACAAUAUAAUUUUCCAUUCUGUGUUGGACUCGGAGAGGACUGUCCGAUGGUAAUCCACGAUAGUACCUUGGAGACAAAUUGGCCAAAGGUAUAUAUCAUCGGUUGUGCUCGGCCGAGUUCAGCUUGGUUCAAAGAUCUCCUUGGUAGCUGA